AUGACAAUCCUCACAGGCCGCCCGUUGCAUUGGGCAAUCACUGCCGCAGCCGGCUCCGGCUUCCUUCUGUUCGGAUAUGACCAGGGUGUUAUGUCAGGGCUGUUGACGGGCUCAGCCUUCACAGCCCAGUUCCCCGAGAUCGACACCAACGAAGGCUCUCAUGGCAGUGCAUCCCUCCAGGGCACCGUCGUCGCCAUCUACGAGAUCGGUUGCUUCUUCGGCUCCAUCCUCGCACUCGUUUUCGGAGAGAAGCUCGGUCGCCGGAUGACAAUAUUGAUUGGGUGUUUGAUACUCUGCGUCGGUGGAGCUCUGCAGGCCUCGGCAUACUCGAUCCCGCAUCUCAUUGUUGGGCGCAUUGUGGCCGGUCUCGGAAAUGGCAUGAACACCAGUACUAUUCCUGUGUGGCAUUCUGAGUUGAUGCAAGCGGACAAGCGUGGUAAAGGGCUUAGCAUAGAGCUUGCCAUCAAUAUCUUUGGUGUUAUGACGGCGUACUGGUUCCGCUUCCCAUUGGCUUUGCAAUGCCUGUUCGCUGUUCUCACAAUUGCCUUGAUGCUGGUCCUACCCGAGUCUCCACGAUGGCUUAUCGCUCAAGACCGCCACGAUGACGCACGCAACAUUCUCUUAGCCCUUCUCCCCAACAAGAAGCCAGACGAAGACUUUGUCAACAGAGAAAUGGCGGAAAUUCAACACGCAAUUGACGAGGAGAGGGAAGCCGCUCACGGUAGCUCGUACAAAGCGCUGCUCAAGAAUGGGCCACAGAAGUUUUUUUACCGAACGAUGUUGGGUAUCGGCGGUCAAUUCAUGCAACAAUUAUCGUAUGUCAAUGACCUCCACCUUUCGAUUUCUUUGUGCCCGCCCCAGGGUUCCCAGGCAACAUGGCACGAAGCCAUGAGCGCUCCUGAUACUUUGCCUCGGAGCGGAAUCAACUUGAUCACAUACUAUGCCCCUGUAAUCUUUCAGCAGUCCGUCGGACUCACUCACAACAUGUCUAUGUUGCUGGCAGGAUUUAACGGUGUUGCCUACUUCCUCAGUUCGCUGAUACCGAUCUGGGUCAUUGACAGGCUGGGCCGGCGGAAGCUGAUGCUGUUCGCAGCUGCUGGACAAGGCUGCUGUAUGGCAAUACUAGCCGGGACCGUGUCUGACGGCUCAGCUUCCGCGGGUAUAGUAGCGUCAGUGAUGCUGUUCGCAUUCAACUUCUUUUUCGCGAUCGGUUUACUGGCUAUUCCCUGGUUGCUUCCUGCCGAAUAUGCACCCCUAGCAAUCCGUCAGAGAGCUGCCGCCCUUGCGUCAGCAUCCAAUUGGAUCUUCACCUUCCUUGUUGUUGAAAUCACCCCAGUCAGUAUCGGCAACAUCGGUUACCGCACGUAUAUCUACUUCUGCGUCUUUAACUUCUGCUUCUUGCCCUUAAUCUACUUCUUCUAUCCAGAAACACAAAACCUGACCUUGGAGCAAAUUGACAAGUUAUUCACCGGCGACAAGAUCAUGCUCCAUUGGACACCGUCCAUGGGCGAGAUUGGUGAGAUGGGCGAGAUCAAGGAGGGUGUAGUUGAACAGCGCCUCGAGAAGCAGGUUGCCUAA